UUCUCUUGCCAUCUUUAAGGCAUGGCGGCGCUUCCUUCCUUCUCCCUCUUCCUGCUGCUGCUGCUCACCGCUAGCCAACUCCAAGCUUUCGAGUUCCACGAGGCCACUGUGGAUAGCAUCAACCAAGCCUUCGCCGCCGGACACCUUACCUCGCGGCAGCUCGUCGAGUUCUAUCUCGACCAGAUCCGCCGACUCAACCCGCUCCUCCGCGCCGUGAUCGAGGUCAGCCCCGACGCGCUCCGCGAGGCCGAUCGCGCCGACGCUGAGCGGAGCAGCGGGCGGCUCCGCAGCGGCGGUCUCCACGGCAUCCCGGUCCUCCUUAAGGAAAACAUCGGGACUCGCGGUCCUCUCAACACCACGGCCGGCUCCUUCGCCCUGCUGGGAUCCGUCGUGCCCCAGGACGCCGGUGUGGUGGGUCGGCUACGGCGCGCCGGGGCCGUGAUCCUGGGCACGGCCAGCCUCAGCGAAUGGGCCCAUUUCCGGGGGGACUACAUCCCCAACGGGUGGAGCGCCCGCGGCGGCCAGGGCCGGAAUCCGUACAAUUUGUCAGCCGAUCCGUGCGGGUCGAGCAGCGGAUCAGGGAUAGCGGCGGCGGCGAACAUGGCGGCGGUGACGCUGGGGACGGAGACGGACGGGUCGAUCCUGUGCCCGUCGACGUUGAACUCGGUGGUAGGGAUAAAGCCCACAGUCGGACUCACUAGCCGAGCCGGCGUCAUCCCCAUCUCACCCAGACAAGACUCAGUUGGACCCAUAUGUCGAACAGUGUCCGAUGCGGUUCAGGUCCUGGAGGUGAUAGCUGGGUACGAUGCCAGGGACAGUGCAACAGUAGAGGCAGUGAAAUACAUACCCAAAGGGGGAUACAAGCAGUUCCUCAAGAUUGAUGGUUUGAAAGGCAAGAGGCUUGGCAUACUCAAGGACUACUUUGAUUACCCACUUGGCUCAGUGGAAGCCAAAGCCUUUGAAAAACACUUCCAGACCAUGAGGAACAAGGGCGCAAUCUUGAUCGAAAACCUUCAAAUACCAAACACGACAGCCAUCGAAACCAUUGGAUACACCACUGAGCAAAUUGCACUGUCUGCCGAGUUCAAACUAGCCCUCAACUCAUACCUGUCUGCGUUGCCAUAUUCCCCUGUAAGAACUCUUGCAGAUGUCAUAGAUUUCAACAAGAAGCACAAGAUCAAGGAAAAGGUGAACGAAUAUGGCCAAGACAUCUUACUGGAAGCUGAAAACACAACAGGAAUUGGUCCCCGGGAAAGAGAUGCCAUUGCACUGCUCAAUGAGCUAUCAGUCAAGGGGCUUGAGAGGCUGAUGGCGGAGCAGAGACUGGAUGCAAUUGUGACCGCAGCUGCAUUAGAUAGGUUAGUAUCCAAUGUUCUCGCAUUUAGGGGCUACCCUGGAAUUACUGUGCCUGCAGGGUAUGCGAGAUAUGGGAUUCCCUUCGGGCUCUGUUUUGGUGGACUGAGAGGUUCGGAGCCAAAGUUGAUUGAGAUUGCUUAUGCAUUUGAGCAAGCAACUCUUGUUCGGAAGCCUCCAGAACUGCAGAUGUUUAGGAGGAAUUUGUAGCUCAUUUUAAUUCGCUAUUUGGCAUGUAAUUGAUGCCUUGGAAUAACAAUAUUGAAUAUUAGACUCCAGAUCCAUGGCAGCAUUCAUUUCUACAACAUUAGCAUUCUAUAUGUGUUACUCCCUAGUGACAUUCUGAGAUAUAAAAUAUGGCAUAUCGUGUGUUAGUCUUGUAAA